AUGAACCAUAUGCACCAGGACUCUCCAAGGGGUGCCAGCGGAGGAUCUAGCCCACAGUUAACAUCUUCGCUGAUUCAAUCUAUGGGAGACAUUCUCAUGGAAGAUGCCGAAACCCUUAUAGAUACUAGCAAUCAAACCCCGAUCGCCAGCAUAACGUUAGAAUGCCACCAGCUAUUCAAGGAGACACUCGCCAAUAUACAACAAUCCGACGAACAUGAUAUUUUUGAAACACAGUAUGGGCGAUUGAAUAUCUGGGCGAGCAAUAUUGGAGCCGUCGUAAAGGAUAAAUCUUCUCUGGACUAUCGAUUACGACUGAGCGACGAUAUUAAAUCCAUGAUUCUUCAGCUACUAGAAGUCCUGAAAGGAAGCCUCCGCCAAGCACUUGAUGAGGGUGGGGAUCCAAACCGACGGACUCAAGUUUUCGGAGAAGUAAUAGAAGCUGCUAGUGCUAGCCUAGAUAGAUUACAGAAUCUCGCAACGGUAAUCAGGAAAUCAUCAGCGCAAAGUCGAAACCUCCGGUCUAAGGCUUUGUCGAGUGAUGACGAAUUAAAUUUCAAGGAUUUCGUUUUGAGGGUCCUCAAACAUCGGUUCAAAGAGGCCAAUGGAUCCCUUUGCGAGCAGGUCGCUGAAUCGGUUGCUUUACGUCGUAAACAGUUUGAAUACAAAAUACGACACCAAGGAAAACUAGCCCGCCCUGUAGUAGAAUUGGGGCAUUCGAAUCUUCGCCCGGAACCAUCGAUGGCGGGAACAAAGCACCAUCUUGUAGCUCCACAAAGAAAUUACGGGGAAAUCAAUACCGCUACCAGAGAGCCAAAAAGAUUACGGCUUAUUGCACCCCUCGGCCGCCCUUGCGCAGUGGCGCCGUCAGAAACGAACGCCUCUACUCUAGAUACCAAAUUAUUUCGGAAAACUUUUCCAGUGCACAAAGCACCCCGCUCAAUCGCGAGCCAAGGUACAUCUGUACGAGACGUUGACCUCGAAUACCCCCCGCCACCAGCCUUAGCCUUAGAGCACAGAGAAUGCACUUGCCCAUAUUGCUGUGAGAUUCUCUUGUCCGUUCAUACAAAGAACGAGAGAUGGUGGAGGCACCAUAUCGACACAGAUCUCGAGCCAUAUUCUUGUAUUUCGGAAAAAUGCCGGUCGUCAUCAACUCAGUUCGCCAAAUUCCAAGAUUGGGCCCAACAUAUGGCUACGCAUGGCUCGUCAAAUAUAGCGUGGGGUGUUCAUUUGAAAAUGUUUCACUGCCCGUUGUGUGAAUCUUUAGAGCCAUUUCGAUGGAAGGAAGACUUUACGAGCCACAUGAAUACCCAUCACGCCGAAAGAUUUACAUCGGCGCAACUCCUAACCCUCAGUCGAAGAAGUACUAUUACUGUCAUACGGGGGCCCCAUGUAUGCCCCUUUUGUAACCGUAUGCCGGAAGAAAUUGAAAAAAUAACGCCCUUGAAUAGGGAUAAAAUGACCGAGCUCCUUCCUCGACACAUAGCUGGUCAUCUUAGAUCAUUGGCAUUCAUGGCUUUGCCUUGUCGUGAUGAUAUAAAAGAUUAUGAGUCAAAUGCUGGUCGAAAUCAAUCUGGGGAGGGUUCUGCAACUUCUCGUAGGAUAUCUAACUUAGAUUCAGAUAAUGAACUCGAAGAAUUUUGGACCAACGUCACAACUGGCGUUCAGGAACAAGACGUCUUCAAAGAAUUAAAAUUUUGGAAAACCAUGGAAGAGGUGGAAAACAUGGAAAAAAUUAGGCACCUAUAUCACGAAGAUAAUGCCAGACCACCCUCGCGCUCAUCAACCCAGCAUGGAUGGGAUUUCUUACCUUCUCGAUCUGAAGAGUAUCAUAUAGAGGAAGAUCCGUUGAUACAGAAAUUUAUCGCUAGUCAAGGAGAAAUAAACCGCCAGAGCUCUUCUGAGCAGGUCCAGGCAUCGGAUUUGGAACUCAACGAAGGAAUGCCUCUGUACAUGAAACUAUCUAGUCCGAAGCGUACUGAUGGUGGGGAUGUCGACGUAACCUCACAGACGGACUAUGUUCCUUCAGGCUAUGAUGGGUGGACCAAAAACUAUGUCAAGGGCUACCUGUCGGGAUUGGCGCCACAUGUGGACUACGAAUCCAUAGUAAGUCCUGUGACCGCCUCAGUGCGUCUGGCUUCGAGAGCAGCAAGUCCUGUACUAGCCGCUUUAUCCAUUCAUGACAAGACCAAUGACUCCAAGGAUGCCGAUUUGGGCUCUCCUUGUGUUACAAGAUUGUCUCCCUGUGUCGCCGAGUCAGCCACCCCGCGCCCCCAGCUCGAGUUUUCGGGACUCGAAUUUCCUUCUCCUACUAGUACUAGUAAUUAUGGCUUUGGUGAUAUUGGCAAAAUCAUGCUAGCGAACUCUACAAACAUUACUGAAGCUCCCCUUGGAAAUGAGUAUUUACCGUUCCCUCAAGACACGUACGCUCGAAUAAAUCGUCCUCGCUCACAGAUACACCAUUGUCCAAGAUGUGCUCUCGAGCUUCCCAACCUCGAAUCUUUUGGGGACCAUAUGGCUAGGGUGCAUGGUAGAAAGGCCUUCGAGUGCCCGGAACCAGGCUGCCAUGUUGCUUAUCUUAGGGGAGACAGCUUGAUGAGACAUAUUACUGAUAUACAUUCCGUGAAGGCCGAUGAUGGCUUUUCCGCAAGAAGUAUCGAUACUAUCGUUCUUUUAAGAAAGUUACACCAGGAAGCAAAAGAUCGACACGAGGAAGGAAAUUUGAAGUCUGAAGAUUCAGAGCGGAUUACAGCAGGCCAUGAAGGAGAGAUAGAUGACGUUUUCGAGAAAACGCCUUCUCCACAACAGCAUAUUUCUACCACGAACAACGAAACUCUGAAAAGCGAGACCUUGAUCUCAAGAGAUGAUAAAAAUGCUCGAGCCCCCGACAUAUUGUUACCUAGUUUCCGUGGUAUUUUUGGUCUUGGUUAUCCGCCUCGAGAUCGAACUCUCGGAACUCCCGCCCCCGACAUAUCGUUACCCAGUAUACGUAACAUUUUUACUCAGACGGAAGAAUUCGUAUAUAAACCAGGAACCAAACCAGCAGGACAAUCAUCCACGGGUACUCAAAUAAUACCGGGCCCUAUCAGUAGCAUCACUACAAUAACGUCCCAACGGGAACAGUUCACAGAAGAGAAGCUCGUUUAUACUUGUUCUGAAUGCUCGGCCACAUUCAGUAAUAAAAAAUUACUUCGUGCCCAUAUGUCAGGAAACCAUAACUUAAAGGCUUCUAUUUGUCAACUGUGCGGCAUUGGAUUCGACAGUCCAUUUAAUUUCCAGAUGCACCAGUGUCUGAAACUUGAAGGACCCUGGACCGCAAUCCCAGAAGAUAUCGAUUCUGAAGCUGAACAACCGGUCACCCCUCCGCCGGUCACUCCACCACUAGUCUCCCCGCCGCCCCGGUUGAAACUACCAAACAAAGACCAUCCUGUUUGUGUUUGUCCUGAGUGUGACUUCAGUUCUUAUGACAUAGGAUUAGUCCGUGUGCAUAUGACCCGAGUCCAUGAUAUAUCGCCCUCAGAUUGUGGUCGAUGCGGCACGAUAUCUAGGGAUAUGGCUAGCCUGACAGGGCAUGUUUGCAGCGGGUCUGGUCUGAACGAAGCUUUAGCCAAAAAUCCACUGCGGGUCACCGACCCAAGCAAAACCCCUCCUCGGCCAGUUGGAGGGCCAUUAUCGAAAGUACCCAUAGAUGUAGACCCUGGAUAUGGGAUAUCACCACCAGUCAAGCGACCGCGAAGGAAAUCCGCCAAGGUGACUAAUUACUACGAUUGGGACCGGUAUAUAAAUGGUGGCGCUGUUUCAACACCAUCACCUGAAAAACAGCCAGAAGACAGAUCUUCCAGGGCUGGGUACGAGAUAAACAGAUCCGAAAUAGCUGAAAGUAUCGAAUCUGAGAUAUCACCAUCGGUCAAGCGGCCGCGGAGGAGAUCCGCCCAGGUGACUAAUUACUACGAUUGGGACCGGUAUAUAAAUGGUGGGGAAGCGCUUAAAGACCGGCCGAAAGACGGAUCCGACGUAUUUGCAAAGCUUAAGCCUGAGAUGUCAUUGGAGGGAUGGGAGCAGCGGCGGCUACAGAGCGAAACGGUCCAUAAGGUUGCUCUCCGUAAUAAUUCGGACACAGCUAUAUCGACAUCAGAAAAUAAUGCCGAUAGUCAGGAUUCGAUACUCGUUUGUAUGAAGUGCGGCGUCGGAGGCAUGACCGAAAUUUUUCUGAAGAUGCAUAUUUGCGACGACAAUGUCGAGGCUAGCAUGGUGAGGGAAUCUUGA